AACUGCAUGCUUAUCAAGGAAACGUCACAUGUAAUAAACUGGCUGCACGUGAGCCGGAGCGCUCAGACAAGAAUAAUUCCAGUGCGUACGAGCACGCGCUCCGAGCGCGCUCUCUCGAUCCUUUCUGUAGAACGUGUUGUACUACAGUGGCUAAUUUAAAAUCAUACAGGGAACAACAUUUUAAUUUUGGUUAGCGUAAACAACGAAACGAUAUGAGAGACCUCUUCAGUUAGAGAUCUCUUCAGCACACUGGACAGCACUCAUCGAUAAUGACGGACGGUUAACUCGUUUAUUUCCUCCAAAGCAGAAUGGAAAGCAGCAAAGAUGAGCCAGCAAGGACCUCGGAACAAAACCCGCAGCAAAUCAACCGUUAUUGAUUCUAGACCUAGACAUGAACUUAUUGGAUAUAUUCCUGGAGUUGCUGAUCGUUGUAAUAGCAGCUGUGUCUCUCGUGGCAAACUCACUGGUGCUACUAUGUUUCACCUGCAGCUCACGGGUUCGCGCGCAGGUGCCGGGGCUCUUCAUCAUCAACCUUUCCUUCUGCAACAUCCUCAUCACCGUCCUCAACAUGCCAUCUACUCUACUUGCCAUCGUGAAAUGCCAGAAGCCGUUUGGCGACCACUUUUGUUACACAGUGAGUUUUAUGGAUACUUUCUUGACUUCCAACACGAUGCUGAGCAUGGCGGCUCUCGGCAUAGACCGCUGGAUAGCCGUGGUGUUUCCUUUGACUUACUCCAGCAAGAUGAGACUGAAGAAUGCCGUGCUGAUGGUCAGUUAUGUGUGGCUUCACUCUCUCGCGUUCUCCCUCACAGCUCUUCUGCUGUCUUGGGUUGAUUAUAGCCCCGCGUACGCGUCGUGCACUUUGCACCUGCGAGAAGGUGAUGAUAUGAGACGCGGACACUUCACGCUGUUCACCGCGCUGUUUCACGCCUGCACUUUCGCCCUCUCGCUUUUCAUCAUGUGCUUUGCCUACCUGAAAGUACUACAAGUGGCUCGCUUCCAUUGUAAGAGGAUAGACGUUAUAACGGUGCAGACACUUUUGCUACUUGUCGACAUUCAUCCAAGUGUGAAACAACGGUGCUUAGUCGAGCAGAAGAAAAGGAGACGGAGGGCCAUCAAGAAAAUCUGCAUAUUCAUCGGGUCGUUCGUCCUGUGCUUCGCCCCCUAUGUCAUUACACGACUGACUGAACUGGCUCCUUCAGUGAAAAUCGACUGUCAUUGGGGGAUCAUGAGCAAGUGCUUGGUGUACACUAAAGCUGCCUCUGACCCUUUCGUCUACUCCCUCUUACGGCAACAGUACAAGAAGGCCCUUUUUGAAAUGCGCAACAGGAUUUUGGGACGGAACUCAUACACACUGUCUGGUCACAGCAGCCCAUCAGGCAUGGAAAACGAAUACUACACUCAAAGGGUUAACAAGCUGCUAAAAGAUGACUGUCACUAGAGUAGGUGAAAAAAACUUGACAACUGAUACCUUCAGAAAUGUGUGCUCAGCAAUGAGUGGUGGAUAAUUCAUGGCUAAGUGCCAAACCAAACUGCCUAUAGUUUCAAAAUAAUAGCUUAACACGGUAUCAUUUGUAAGUGUUAAAAUCUUGUGAGGCCAAAACCUUUGCUGGUCACUGGAUUUUCUUUUACUGAAUUCAGACAAAUUGCACACUUAUGUUUUUAAUGACUAUUUAUUCACAAUACAAUCCUAUCACGUGUAUUAUGAUGUACAUUCUGAAAUAAAUGUUAUUAUUGUAGAA